UACUAGUAACAAAUAGGUGUAAUGCAGUGGUGCUUCACGGACACAACUGAGAUUGUUUAAUUCAUCACAGCUGCCCAGGCCACCCUCACCUGGCAAUCAGCACACCAGGUGUGGCCUUAUCCACCACUCUGCAAGACAGGGGUAACCCUCUGCCUGCCAAGCCCAGGAUGGGUCUGUACUCCCUAUAACCUUUCAGACUGGCUCCUUGCCUCCUCCUGGAUUUGUGUAUAGUAUUGAGGGGGGAACCAUUUCCAAGUCUAUUUUGCAGCUUGGAUCCUGCUUGUCCCCUGCAGACUGAUCCUUUUCUAAGUGGUACAAUUCCACGUGCUUGAAUUGCUUGGAGGAAGAAGUUGGCUGCCUCGAGGCUCUGUUGUCUCUGCAAGCCCUGUAGACUCCACAGAGAGAGAUGGCCAGGAGCUCACAAGCCCAUAGGUGCUUUUGCAAACCAAGUACUCAAACUGUUUCCUGGAACACUGCAUCACCCACUUCUUUUGCUGACUGAAAUGCCCUAGGCUGCUGCAGUGUCAUUGCUGAACUGUCUCUUCCUCCUGAGAGUCACCUAAGCCUCUUCCGUCCUAUCAGCUGUGCCUCUAUCUGCAAGCUUGAAUUAAUUUGUAUCCAUGUGGCUUCGGGCUGCGAACGCUGCAGCUCAGCUGGUGAAGUACAGCUCCUCUCUCUGAGAAGGGUGGCCAGCCAAAGUAUGGAGGCUUCUUCCCAAGUCUUUAGAGCCACCAGCUUUCAUCCUGUCACGAAUGCCAGCACAGAGUUCCAGCCACAGGUGCUGCCCCUUGUCAUCCCCAUCCUGCUGAGCAUUCUAUUCUUGGCCUGCCUCGUUCUGAACAGCACCAGUCUGUGGAUAUUCUGGUUCCAUAUCAAGCAGUGGAAUUCUAGUGUAAUCCUCCAAUUCAACCUAGUCUUAACGGAUGCGUUUCUUAUUCCCAUCGUGCCGCUGAUCGUUGCCUAUUUCAGCCUGGACAACAGCUGGCUAUUUGGUCAGUUCCUCUGCCGGCUCAAAAUCUUCAUCCUCAGCACCCACUUGUAUGGCAGCAUCUACUUCCUGAGGCUCAUCAGCAUUCACAGGUACCUUGCUGUCGUUCACUACAGCUCCAGGACCCUUUGGAAGAAGUCCUUCCUGAAAAAGCUCAGCUUGUUCGUAUGGUUUCUCCUAAGCAUCCAAGGGCUGCCCUUGUUCAUUGUCCUCAAGACUUCAUCAGUCAAUGGCUCUGUGAAAUGCAUGAGUAUCCAUCAAUCGGAGUUCUCCUCUCUUUACGUGUACUACAAUAUCUUCCUGGUGACGGUCAACUUCCUGCUCCUCUUUGGCAUCUCCUUGACUUGCUAUGCCUUGCUGGGAGCUACCAUUGCUAAAAUGAACAGUACAAGCCUCUGGGGCAGGGUGAUGAAAACGAAGUCCUUACAGAUGAUAAUGGUGUCUCUGGCUAUCUUUGUCAUCUGCUCUGUGCCACUGCAUGUGAGCAGGACCAUAGGAGUGAUUGUAAAGUAUUACAACCUGUCCUGUGAGCGCCUGCACCAGGUGGAAAUUGUGUAUUAUGCCUCUUGGCUUUUCACCAUGGUGAACUGCUGUCUCAAUCCCUUGAUCUACAACUUCGCUAGUGAGAAGUUUAAUGAGUCCUUCUCAAAGUCCCUGAGAAAAUUCUGGCUCUUAAAGUGAAUUGGCAGGAUUCAGGGCCCAUGCUAGCACUUCCAGGGGGUGUCAUAAACAGGUAGUUAAGGGUUAAUGUCUCUUUUACCUGUAAAGGGUUAACAAACAGGGAACAAAACACCUGACCAGGGGACCAAUCAGGAGACAAGAUACUUUCAAAUCUCGGUGGAGGGAAGCCUUUGUUUGUGUUUUUUGGGUUUGGUUUUGUUCUCUCUGGGAUCUGAGAGUGACCGGACGUACUACAGGCUCUAAUUUUCUAUUCAAGUAGUAA